GAGAGAGAGAGAGACAGACAGAGAAAGAAAGAGAGAGAGAGAGAGAGAGAGAGAGAGAGAGAGAGAGAGAGAUAGAGCAGAGGAAGGUGCUGGGCUUGGGUGAAGGUUGUUAUACUCAUUGAGGAUCAAGAGAGAGAGAGUAGAAAUAUAAAACCCCACAAACAAGGAUCAGGAACUAAUGCUCACACACUUGCACUGUAACAUAUCUGAUUAACUGCUACAGAUUCCUAAACAAUUGUCAAUUUCAGUUGUAUGUUGAUAACAAGCAAACAACAGUUAUAAUCGGUGAUCAGUCCUGUAAAGAUGGAAAAGAGAGAGUGAAAAGAGAGAAACAGACUAUUUCCAAGACUUCCUGAGAUACCUUUCAGCGCUAUGACUGCUGCAGCUCAAGAACUAGAUGAACUGUGCUACCUCACAGCCCAGUCAAUUACAUCAUUGGUGACAUCAGAACACUUCAAACUAAUAAAGAAGCUGGGUGAGGGAUCAUACGGCAGGGUGAUGCUGGCUGUGCAUAAAAAGAGAGGUACCCCAAUGGCUCUGAAGUUCUUCCCUCGCCGCUCCACAACUCUCCACGCCUUCCUGCGGGAAUACAAUCUCUCCCUCUCUUGUUGCACACACCCCUCUCUGACGCGGGCCUUGGGUAUCUUCUUCUCCACGCCUGUUCACUAUGUCUUCGCCCAGGAGGCUGGUCUCUAUGGCGACCUGUAUGAUGUAAUCGUGUCAGAGGAGAGGGUGAGCGAGGAGUGUGCCCAACGUGUGAUGUCCCAGUUGAGUGGUGCUGUGUCACACCUCCAUUCUCUGGGCUUUGUGCACCGUGAUAUCAAACCAGAGAACGUGUUCUUGUGUGACCGUGUUUGUCGCUGGGUCAAACUGGGCGACUUUGGUUUGGCAAGGGCUCAGGGGACUCAGGUCCGUGCUGUGUGGUACAACUCCCCUUUCUGUGUGCCCGAGGUGGAAGGUGCCAAAAGAGUGAGUGAGACAGAGGAGGAAGAAGAUAUAUGGAUGUCUGUGGAGCCCAGUUUGGAUACUUGGGCCUUGGGGAUCCUUAUAUACUGCCUACUGACUGGCUGCUUCCCCUGGGAAGAGAGCACUUCUAAAGACCCAUCCUACUGCAAGUACAGAGACUGGUUCAAUCGAACAAGUGAGCGAGAGGAGAGGGCCAGGGGACAGAAUGUACUGAGGGAGGGAGAGAAUUUUGAGAAGCAAGCAGAGGACAUCAUGAGUCUGGUGGAGAAAGGAAACAGUGAGGAGGCUGAAUUAGAGUUGCCCGCUCAUUUUGAUACUUUAAGCUCUCUAGUCCUCACCCUGCUGAGGCAGCUGCUGCACCCACUCCCCUGGCUCCGUCCUGGGCCUGAUGAGAUCCUGUCUUACCUCGGGGGACCUUGGUUACUGAAAACAGAGAAAGAGGAGAUGAUGAGGGAGUGGGAAGCGCAAGAGGAGGAGAAGAAGUUGCGAGAGAGAAGAGGGGUGGAAGGAGAAAAAGAAAGAUUGGGAAGGAGGGAGAGAUAAAUUUCAGACAGAAUCUUUUAUAUAUAGAGAGAGUUUUAUAUAGUGUUUAUAUUUUGGAAUUGUCUAAAGGCACAUUAUUUUCUGGAAUUUUCCAAGCUGCAUAAAGGCACAGUUAACUUGUAUGUAAACUUCUGACCCACUGGAAUUGUGAUAUAGUCAUUUAAAAGUGAAACAAUCUGUCUGUAAACAAUUGUUGGAAAAAUUACUCAUGUCAUUCACAAAGUAGAUGUCUGAUACGACUUGCCAAAACUAUAGUUUGCUAAUGUGAAAUCUGUGGAGUGGUUAAAAAAUGAGUUUCAAAACAAAGUGUAUGUAAACUUCUGACUUCAACUGUAUAUAUACUGUUCAAUAUUAAGACAAAGUAUUUGGACACGUUCUGGUUGUCGAACCAAAAGUUAGCUCUAAGAAAAAGCCUAAUUCUUUGUAGAUGCCACUUGGUUUGAUAUUUCUGAUCUAAUGAAAUGUCCAAUUAAAAUUUCCAAUGAAAUUCAUAAAUUUUUCAUACAAGUGUCUUGUACAAGUGUGUCCAAAUACUUUUUGAGGCCACUGUAAUUGAACAUUUCUCAUAUUCUGCUGGUAAUACUGAAUAUUGUAAUGCCCAGAAUUCUUCACAGGUGCAAUGCCAUAUUCUCUCUAAAAAUGCAGAGAGUCAAAUAGGUAGAUGAGAUGAAUGUAGAUAUUAAUGCUCAUCAGAUGUGAAUGGAAUUCACAAAUAUUGUGUCUCUACCUCAAACAAACUGUUAUAAUGUAUAUAGAAAUGCACUUUAAAAGGUGUAAUAAACUUGUUUAUGUUUUGGUGACAUAUUUACUCUUGACUCUGUUAUACUAUAUGUAAUUCUCAAGUUACAAAAUCAGCAUCCUCAUGUGUACAUCAAAACGUGUUAAGGAACUGUGACUUUCUUCAUUACAGCACUUGACAUGAUCAGAACACUGAGCUGAUGUAUUGCAAGGCUUACUAAAAUAGCAUUCCACUCUAAAUAGGACAAGAGUAAUAUGAAAUGUUAAACAAACACAGGUACAAUGGGGGGUGUCAGGUUAAUGUUGUUUUGGGAUUCAGUGGAUCAAUUUAAAUAUGUGAGGUGGAGUCCAACUUUCCAGCUGCUGUCACACAAAUCAAACCUCAAUGACUCUAGUUAGUUCUGAACUCUCUGUGGUCUUGUGUAGCCAAACGUUUGACUUGCAGCAUAAAGUCUGGUCCUCAUUGCAGCUUAUUAAAACAAACCGACCGACCGACUGAUCAGACUGUCAGACUGUCAUUCUCUUUCCCAGAAAAUCACCAUCACUAUGCUUUAUACACAGAGCAACACACCCAGAAAGUGACACUUUACAGUAUUUAGUGGACAAACACCAGCUAAAUUCAUCGAUUCAGGCAGCCAAAACUUAUACAAGCAAAAAACACAACCAAAGAAGAAUACCUCCAUUAUUGGCAAAGCAAAAAAAAAAAAAAAAAAAAAAAAAAAAAAAAAUUGAACUGCUUAAAAACAAAAUAAUAAAAAAAAUAAGACAAUAACAUUUCUAUUAGGCUAAGCGCCUCAAACAAAACUCUGAGUAUCUUUCAAUGAUUUGAUCAGUGUUGGUGAAGCUACUUUGAAACUGUAGCUUCCCCAUCAUUUAUGUGAACUAGUUCAUUAACAUGAACUGUCCAAACAAACCGACUUGCUAAAAUGAAUUGGAGUUCCCAACACUAAAUAUAAUUGAAUCAUUUAUUGUAACCAGAAGAACCAGCUCAUUUUAAUGACUGUUUUUCCUGGCACUGAAUGAGAGAGAGGACAGUUUAGAUGAGCAUGAUAAAUUACUCCCUUGGCUCCAUUGCUGCGUUCGCAAUACAAUCUGACAAAUGUAGUGUUUUGUGACACUACAGUGGUGUAGCAGCUACACCAAUACAUGUUGGAAAAUGAAGCAGCUACAUCAGAACACGUUGGAAAAUAUAGCUUGUUAUUGGAAAAGCAACACUUCUUAAAAAAUAGCUGUGCUACUGUCAUGCUACAUGCUAAGUGUCACUACUUUUAGUUAGUUAUUCCUCAAAACUGGAUUUGAU